GCCGAGGAUGCAUCGGCGUACUACGUGUCAUUUUUGUCAGUUACCAUGGCAUUUCAUCAGAGAAUGCCCCUUCCGUAAUCGGCCCAAUGGCGCGGAGAUGGCGGCGAAUAUCAGWCGUGAAUUAUCAAACGGAGAAGAUAGCGGGAUUUUGCACGCGCCCGCGCAAGGUACUAGCACCAGCAACGCCAUCGUCCCGUACCAGGCGUCAAUGGAAAGGAAUCAGAGAGAAGAGGGUGCAGCUUCGAGCGGAGGCCGAGGUGGUAACGGAGGCUACAGUGGGAAUCACUUUGGCAAUGGCCAGCGGUACUCCAGACCCUSGUCAGGAGGCUAUCGAGAUAUUAGAGAGAAAGACGACAAGAUUGAGAACAUCUAUGGUUUACUAGCGGAACAAGUUGAAGAAAGAGAGCAGCGUAAACGGGAGGCAGCUCGGUUGGCAUCAUUAGAAGAAGAGAAAAAGAGACUUCAGGUGGAGGAGGAGAAGCAUGUGCAGGAAAAGAAGGAAAGGGAGUUACAAGAAACAAAGCUUGGGCAGAUUGUCCGUACGAGUGUGAAAGCAGUCUGUGAGUCGGCGUUGGGGAGAAAGGUUGAGAUUCCAGAAGAUGACGAGUCCGAGAUCAGCAAGCUCCGCAAGGAACUUGAAGAGGUCAAARCCAAGUGUGCGGGCGGCGUAGCUGAAUCGAGCCUAGAGGCACUUAGAAGGGAGAAGGAGAACCUUUUGAAACAACGGGAUCCUGGGAGUGAGAAAG